UAUCAAACCCGAUAAACGGCUCCGGAAUUAAUUGUUAGCUUUCAUGUUUCGACUGAUAAGAGCAGAUAAUCAUAAGAAGGUAACACAAUUGAGAAAUUGAAGCAGUAUCCCAGUUAACGUUAUACCAACAGGUUCGUUUUAUCAUUCGACAGGCGAAUAUGGACGAAAGAAAAGCUUCUAUCAACGAAAUACGAGAUCAUCCGGACAAUGAGAGUGACAUGGAGAAAAAUCAAAAGAAACUCAAGUAUCCAAAGGCGGUAUUUUUCAUCAUCAGCAAUGAAUUCUGCGAGAGAUUUUCCUUCUACGGAAUCCGUAGUAUCCAUAUUAACGCUGUAUCUUUUGGAUUACCUGCAUUAUAACAAGGAAACGACCAUCACGAUAUAUCACACUUUCACCAUGUUGGCAUACUUCUUCCCUGUGAUUGGAGCGAUACUGGCAGAUUCAUUGUUAGGAAAAUUUCGCACCAUCUUCUAUUUGAGCAUCAUUUAUGCCAUAGGACAAAUUAUUUUCACCAUAAGUGCAACACCUGUUGUUUACUCGUUAUCGCCAAGAGAAUUUUCAAUCGUUGGUCUACUCCUUAUAGCCAUUGGAACAGGCGGUAUAAAAACUUGCGUGGUUGCAUUCGGUGGUGACCAAUUCGUCUUGCCGCAACAGGAAAGAUACCUGUCCACAUUCUUCUCCAUCUUUUAUUUUUCUAUCAAUUUAGGAUCUCUGAUAUCCAGCUUCCUCACGCCGGAGCUUCGAACCAUUUCCUGUUUCGGUGAUAACAACUGUUAUUCCUUGGCAUUUUUCGUUCCAACCGUUCUUAUGCUGUUGUCCCUCGUGAUAUUUUUACUGGGUAAACCUUUAUACAAAAUAUUAGAACCAAAAGGCAAUGUGAUAGUAAACGUUUCCAAAUGUAUUUCCCAUGCCAUUUACAAGAAGAUGCGGACGAAAGGAGUGAAAAGGGAGCACUGGCUCGAUUGCGCGGACGAUGAAUACGAUCGGUCGUUCAUAAACGACAUUAAAUCAGCUUUUCAAGUAAUGAAGCUGUUUCUGCCAAUACCAAUAUUUUGGGCACUGUUCGAUCAGCAAGGUACUCGAUGGACCAUGCAAGCAAGAAGAAUGAAUGGUGCAAUCGGAAAUUUCAUAUUGCAACCAGACCAGAUGCAAGUGAUUAAUCCUUUGUUGGUACUCACUUUCAUCCCUUUGUUUGAAGUCUGUAUUUAUCCACUUAUGAACAAAAUUGGUCUUCGAACUCCGCUCAGAAAGCUUACUAUUGGCGGUUUAUUGGCUUCAUUAUCGUUCUUUGCGUCGGCUAUCGUCGAACUUGAACUUGAGAAAACCGAUCCUGUUCUGCCUUCGACUGGCUUAGCCCAAUUACGACUGUUCAAUACCCUUAAUUGUCCUGUGGAAAUGCAAAUCGCCGAUGAGUCUCGUUUCGUACUAAAAAGUCUUGAAAUGUGGGAAAACAAGUACAUCCAGGUGAAUUCAUCCACGGAAGAAUUAAAUUACGUAGCAGAUUAUUCGAAAUGCUCCGGUAUCGGAAGUUUAAGCAAAAGUGUGUCUGGCAAGAUCACAGUAAAAGAAGCCACUGCAAACUCUUGGGUUAUUACACCUGAAGGUUUAUCGUACAGCUACAAAGAUUCGGUGCAAAAAUUAGAUUCGUUUGAACCUGCUGUGCGAGGACUGAUCUAUGUGAAUUCGCCGGGAAAAUCUGUCGAUAUAGAAUUUAUAAAAGAUGGCACGGUUUUCUUUCGUCUGCCCAUAAAUAGUACUUCAUUUCACGUAACCGAAUUUCUAAAUAUAAAAGUGAAUACCUAUGAUAUUCGUAUGAACGGUAUAGUGAAAAGUAAUGUACAGUUCAGAACUGGUGGAGUUUAUACAUUGGUUGGAUAUGUUAAUGAAAACGAGUCGAAUCUUAACGUUAUAACCGUAACUGAACCAAAUUCGAUGCACAUAUUAUGGUUACUACCGCAGUAUAUCAUUAUUACGAUGGGCGAAGUUAUGUUUUCAGUGACGGGAUUGGAAUUUGCCUUCACCCAGGCACCCAUCAGUAUGAAGUCUUUGUUACAAGCUACCUGGUUGCUCACAACUGCUUUCGGGAAUCUAAUUGUAGUUAUUAUAACUGUUGCUGGAAGCUCGUCGUUCUUCAGUCGAAUGUUUUACGAGUUCAUUCUGUUUGCUGGACUGAUGUUGGUCGCUAUAUUCAUUUUCGCUGUAAUGGCAUAUUUCUAUAAAUACGUUGAACAACCUGAAGAAGAAUCUGUUACCGAAGAGAUUCAUAUGGAUACGAAGAAUGGAGCUGUCAAUGAAUCUUACAAAGACGAUUAAAAGUGUUCAACUGGUUACUGUAAAAAUACAAUUGCCAUCCAUGAAUAAUUGGAUGUAUUUAUAAAAACACUUAUCGGAUAACGCCCGAUGAUUGAGACGAAGAUCUCCGAAUAUAGAUCUUUAACGGUGCGCUUUACCCUGUUUCAAGGGUAGAAAAAUAAAUGUGUUCUCUUUGAUACAAAACAGAAAUAUUAAAUGAAAACUGAAGAUUUA